AUGUUUGAUGAUGAGGACUCUGGCGGUGUGUCCCUGGAUCCGCCGCAACCAUUGCCUGCCGAGAUCAGCAAACAGACUGUAGCAAAUCUGCCUACCAAGUCCGCGCCUGUCACCGCUCAACCAACAAACACUGAGCGCCGCUUCAUAUUGGUAGAAGGCGUCGAGAGCUCUUACAAUAUGGGCACCAAGAAGCUGUCUGCUGAUCGCCCGGGAGGCUCCGCUGCAUUACCCGCCACUGGUCUCAGUCGUGGCGAACUGGCUGCUGCCCGAGAUCACUUCACACCCGUCCUCGCUCUAGCCAAGUACCCUUACAAGUUCUGCAACAAGUCUCACUCACAGGACAUUGCGUCUGCCUUCUUUGAUGCCGGCAAGUUCUGGAACCGUCCCUGGGAUCUCUACUACAUCUGGGACGUGGAGCCUACCAAUCCAAUCAUCCUCGUUCGCGAGUCCCAGUUCCACGACCUUCUCAACGAGAUCAAUAACCGUCUCAACCUGGGGCUCAAAAUCACUGACGCACAGCGCGCCGAAGGACUUGUGGGCCACUUUCCAAACCAUCCAGCCUGUCUACCCCGCUAUCUUGGACGCUCUAACACGCGCGAUCAGUACGACAGCAUGGUAAGUGAUGUACCUGACAGCAGCUUCCGUGCUGCGGGCGAGCGUUCAAACGGCCCUCCGGAUAGCGGCACCCUAGAGCAGUUCAAGAAAAUGAUGGAAGAUCUUUGGGAUGCGCAGCAGAAGAAGAACAAGGCCAAAAAGGCCGAAAAGAUGCUGGAGCGGAUUGGCAGACAGACGUCCAUGGUCGACCAACUGAAGCGUGCUCAGCGCUAUCUUGGACUUCGAGCUGCCAACGGCCAGAACAUGUCGUCUUCUCCUCUCCAAGCCGUCAGUCCAAUGUCUCCCGCCCCCUUCAAUACGGAACAAUCCGUCGUCUUCGUCUGUGUUGAUGUAGAGUCCUAUGAGAGGGCUCACAACAAGAUCACCGAAAUUGGUGUCGCCACACUAGACACUCAAGACCUUGUGGGUAUUGCGCCCGGCCCUGACGGUGAUGAGUGGAGGAAGAUCAUCAAGGCUCGCCACUUUCGCAUCAAGGACCACCUCCAUCUGAUCAACCAUGAGUUUGUGCACGGAUGUCCUGACGGCUUUGACUUCGGAGUUUCGACCGUGGUCGAUCUCAAGGAGGCGCCGGCGCACGUCGCUGCUUGUUUCAAGAGCCCCUUUGGUGCGCACGCUUCCAACAACACCACCGAAGAAGAGUUGGUCAAUAUCGCGCUUCGCCAGCUCAAUCUCAAUGGCAAGCGCAACCUCGUGUUGCUCGGCCACGACACAUUGAGCGACGUCCGAUACUUGCAACAGUUGGGCUAUGACCCCAUGAAGGUCGAGAACAUCAUCGAAGCCAUGGACACAGCCAAGAUGUACCAGGCCUGGCGCCGCGAACCACAGCCAACGAGCCUGGGCAGGAUUAUGAACGACUUCGACAUCGCUGCAUGGAAGCUCCACAAUGCUGGAAACGAUGCAGUGUACACUGUACGAGCCAUGCUCGCCAUUUGUGUCCGAGAAGCUAGUAUCCGCGGCUCAACGGAGCUUGAGGCUAAGCGAAACGAGGACAAAGCUGCUAGGAUCGCUGCUGUUCAGGAGGCUGCGGCUCAGCGAGUCAAGGAGGAUAUGGAGGGCUGGAGUGAUGGUGAGACGGCUGGUGACGGUGGUGGACCUGUUCCUCUCAAGAGUGCAUAG